AUGGUUCACAUCAUCUCAAAAAAGAGCGUCUCGUUCAUCGGACAAAGCCUCGCCGCCAAAAUCGAUGAGCAACUAUUCAGCAAGUACGGUUUCAAAGUCGAGCAGCUCAUGGAGCUAGCCGGUUUGGCAUCCGCACAAGCGAUCGCUGCACACUAUCCAAAGAGCAAAGUGGCCGUCUUGUGUGGACCCGGAAACAACGGAGGCGACGGAUUCGUGUGCGCCAGACACCUUCAACAAUUUGGCUUCAACCCAUCCAUCGUCUACCCAAAAGAAUCGAAAAACGAGCUAAUGAAGAGUCUAGUGAUUCAAUGCGAAACGUCGUCAAUCCCAGUCCAGCCAAACCUUCCAACCGAUCUUCAAUCCUUCCCCCUGAUCGUCGACGCUCUAUUCGGAUUCUCCUUCAAACCACCCGCCCGUGAACCGUUCACCGAGAUUCUUAAGGCAGUUCGCGCCUCUGGCAUUCACGUAUUCUCAAUUGACAUUCCAUCUGGAUGGGAUGUGGAGAAUGGUGCCCCCUCAGAAGCCUCAGAAGACAUCAUUCAUCCCCACGCAGUCAUUUCCCUGACCCUUCCCAAGAUGUGCAUGAAGUCGUGGACCGGUCCACACUUCCUGGGUGGCCGCUUUGUGCCACGUGGAUUGGUCGAGGAGCAUGGACUGCAAAUGCCAGUGUAUCCAGGAUUCGAGCAAAUCGUCAAAGUCGAGGAUUGA